CAAUUAAUAAGGCUUCAACUGAAUCUAUAUUUAUAUGAACUCCAUAAUUACGAUUUGGAUGGAGCAGGACAGGAAACGACCUUGUUGUGUACAUGUACUGCACAAUAUAACUUACUCUGCACUCGUUUUUACCGCGAAUUGCUUUCUGGGUUAACAAAAGAAACGGUUUAAUUUGCCAGGAUUCACAUUAGGUUUAAACCUUAGUCAUGAUGUUACUUAGAUGUGUUAUUAAAUUUUGCAGAUCCAUCAGGCUUGUCCCAGCCAUGCGAAUUCAUAGCCUCAUCCAUAGCUACUCAAACGUUAGGAAUUUGAAUCGACUAUUUCUUAGUCUUUCAAUAUUGUGCAUUAUAAGUGUUUGUUACUUUGGACACAUGAUAUACAAAAGUAACAUCUACACAUGUAGCAAAGACUAUGGAUAUUCCAAAUACAAGUUUGACAAUUUAGACAAUAUAACAAUUAGUCCCGUUAACAUUCACCCAUUUAAGUUAAAACUUUUACCAGAUUCCUUGUGUGAUGCAAUUCCGGAGGUAUAUCUUCUAGCUGUGGUAAAGUCUGCUACUAAAAACUCUUAUAAAAGACAGUGUAUCAGAAAGACUUGGGGAAAAGAAAGUAACUCAGAGAAUAGGAGACUCAUUUUUAUCCUGGGAUACAAUGAAGAAGACCAGAAACAUGUAGAAUCUGAGUCUAAACAAUUUAAUGACAUUGUCCAAGAAAAUUUUCAGGAUGGAUAUUGGAGCAACACGUACAAAAUGGAAAUGGCUUUUAACUGGAUAACAAAACAUUGUGGUAAUGCUAAAUAUGCUGUGUUUGUAGAUGAUGAUAUGUAUCUAAAUGUGCCAAAUACUAUAAAAUAUCUUCACUCAGUGGAUGAGAGAAAAGUGGAGAAUCUUUACAGUGGGCUCCUGGUGGAAGAACCAUUUCCCACACGGGAUUACUUUAAUAAGCAUUACAUUUCCCGACAAGACUAUCCACUGGAUUGUUUUCCUCCAUACAUACCAUCAGGAACAGUAUUUUUCAGCAAGGCUGUCAUCCAAAAAAUUCAAAAACUCAUUCCUCAUAUUCCCCAUUUUCGAGAGGACGAUGUCUAUCUAGGCAUGGUUGCUCAAAAAGCUGGAGUUACACCAUCAAAAAUUAAUUUUCUCAUUGGACUAGGUGAUAAUAGAUCAGAUCUCAAGUUUUUGCCUUGCUUGAUUUCUGAUCAUGGAUACACCACAUUAGAAAUGUUUCAAUCGGCUUAUAAUGAGACACAUUCCAAAAAUUUAACAAUUGAAAAAAUCAUGGAGGUAUGCAUACACAGCAGCAAAGCAAAGGAGUUGUGAAUUAUAGUUAUAUUAGCCUUAAUUUAUUUAGUGAAUGUUUUACACAUGACAUCAUUAUAUCAUAAAGCUAAUGAGUUGUGAGUGACUACCAUUAAUUUAUUCAGUGAAUAUGUUUUAUACUUGGCAUCAUGAUAUCUUGGAAGAUAAACAUGGAUUUGGUUUGUGAGAUUUAAACAACAUCAGACUGACAAAUGAACUCGAUAAAUUCCAUCGAACAGUCUAUAUCAUCCCAAAGAAAUCGGCCAUCAUGAUUCCUCAUGUAGACACAGUUCUGGUUCCCAGUAGCAUUAUCUGGUUGCCCUGGUAACCAAAAAUCUGACCCAUUUAGUGGUUGUUGUGAAUGACUCCAAAUAAAGUGUCCGUCUGACUGUAUGGUCAAUCCAAUCCAGAACCAAAAGUAGGCAAAAUCUGCAAUGAAGAAAAUAGAGGAGUAAUAGGGAGGGGUUUCAGCAUCGUCGCAAACCAUGACCAAAAUGUAUGACCUUCUCCUGAGAGCUAUAUGCAGACUCCGGACCAUGGCUUGAGAUGAUGGGAUUUCAAAAAUGAAAAGCAAAGUUGGAGUAAAGCUAAUUAUGUGUGACAUUUGGGUGUAAGAUGUGUAUAAACUAUAGUUUUUGUAAUGUAUUGUGUGUGUGUGAGUGUGUGUGUGUGUAUUCAAUGAUGCAAAUAAACUAAACUAAAUAAUUUUUAUUUUUCUUACUUCAUCUGCUUCAAUGUCAGCAUUUUUAUAUUAGUUUAUGAUUUGAAUACAUUAAGUCAAUUCCAUACAAGUGAAUAUUUAAAAUGAAGAAAAAAAUUAUUGAAUUUGGGCUCAACUACUAAAGUACAAGGUCAGAAGGUCAAGGUCAACAAUAAAUGUCAAUAAUCCCACAUGUAAAAAUAACUUUUAUAAUUUUUAUUGAAUAACUGUAGUCUUCAUUACAUAGAGAGAAAAUG